UUACCAUACCAAUUCAUAUCUCCUAAACAGCUUCCUCAUUUUCAUAUGAUAGAGAAGAGUUAAAGGCUGAAGCUUCAAACUCAGUAAAACAAAAUAAACAUGCCCUUUGGUAUAAUUCACAGGUGUUACUUUUCAUUCCCAACAUUACUCAGAAGAAGAUUAAACCCUGUUUGGUCUCGCCAAGCCCACGUCCCCGAUAAUAAGGUGGAGCUCACAGAAAAGGUGAGAGGCAUUGAUAGUAAUUUGAAACUUGAGAAGUAAAGCAGAAAUUGGAGCUUGUUCGGAUAAUUGGCAACGAUUCUUGUAUUGCUGGACAGUAUAAUCGCUUGUUUUGUCCACAGUGUAAAGGAGGUCAGUCGAUGAAGAGAAGUUUGUCUCUUCAUAUAAUCCAAGAUGGGGAUUUUGCAAUGUGGAGGUGUUUUCGAGCUAAUUGUGGAUGGGCAGGCCAGGCCUUUGCAGACAGCAACAACAAUACAAAAGUUUUUUCAUCGAAACAAAUGACAGAAAAGAGCUUAGGAUUAGAACCACUGGGUGACAAGCUAAUUGCAUAUUUUGCUGAGCGGAUGAUAUCUGAGGGAACUCUCCAGAGAAAUUAUGUUAUGCAGUUAUCUGGUGAUAAGGCUGUCAUAGCUUUCCCUUUUAGACAAAAUGGGGUGCUCGUUGGUUGCAAGUACCGAACCUACCGGGAGAAAAUUUUUUGGCAGGAGAGGGGCACAGAGAAAUGGUUAUUUGGACUUGAUGAUAUAAAGGAAGCUGCUGAAAUCAUCAUUGUUGAAGGUGAAAUGGAUAAGCUUGCGAUGGAGGAAGCUGGCUUCCUAAAUUGUGUAAGUGUUCCUUGUGGAGCACCGCAAAAGGCUUCUGCCAAAGAAUUUCCACCACGGGAAAAGGACACGGGAUAUCAAUAUAUAUGGAACUGCAAAGAGCACUUGGAUAGGGUUUCUCGCAUUAUCCUGGCAACUGAUGGUGAUGUACCCGGCCAGGCCUUGGCUGAAGAGCUAGCACGCCGUCUUGGAAAAGAGAGAUGUUGUCGUGUCCAAUGGCCGAAGAAAGAUGAGUUCUGUUGCUUCAAUGAUGCAAAUGAGGUUCUCAAGUUUUUGGGUGGAGAUGCUCUGAAGGAAGUAAUUGAAAACCCAGAGUUGUAUCAGCUACAAGUUCCAGACCGAGCAAUGCAGUGUACAUAAAGCUCAUAUGAAACACAUUAAUUACAGACUUUCUUUUCUUUCUUU